AUGGAUGCUUCGCUCAGCACCAGUCUCUUCUCUGAUCGCUGUGAGGAGCUUCGCGACGUCAGCGUCGUGAACCUCCUCAUCUCAAUUUUCAUUGUCAUCGGCAUGCUGGUGAGCUAUCUACCCCAGCACAUUCGCAUCAUCCGGCGGCGCUCGUCCGAGGGAAUCUCGCCCUACUUCGUCCUCCUGGGCACGACGUCAGCGACGUCGGCCUUCGCCAACAUCCUCCUCCUGCCGAAGUCGCGGCAGGACGUCGCCUGUUGCAAGGAGUUGGAGACAUUCCACUGCGUCGCCGGCCUGCUGGGCAUUGCCCAGCUUGGGGUCCAGUGGGCCUCCUUCACCUUCAUCUUCAUCUUGUUCCUGGUGUUCUUCCCCUAUAACAAGGGGGGUAUCUGCGACCUCGAAGGAGAGAGGGAUGAAGACCAACCCAACUGGCAGACAGCUCUGCUGGUUGCGGCGUUGACCAUCCUGCAUGGUCUCGCCGUCAUUGUCAUCUCCUGCGUUCUCUCCACCCUCGAAAGAGACUACCUGGCUGUCUGGGCGGAUAUGCUGGGCGUAAUGGCCGCCAUCUUGGCAGCCAUCCAGUAUGUUCCUCAGAUCUGGACAACCUAUCACUUGAAGCAUGUAGGGAGCCUGAGUAUCCCCAUGAUGUGCAUGCAAACUCCUGGUGGCUACCUUUUCGCAACAAGUCUCUUCCUCCGCCUGGGAUGGGCUGGCUGGAGCUCGUGGGGCAUCUUUGUCCUGACGGCGACGAUGCAGGGCAUCCUUUUAUGCUUGGCCAUUUAUUAUGAGAUCCAGGCCGCGAGGCUCGAUCGUCCUGGCUCUCCUGAACCACUUCUCAGUCAUGACUCUGGGCCGCACUCGAACGGCAACAACUCUGACGAUCGCUCCCCUCCCCAGAUUUCCUCGGCUUCCGAUCCCAAUGUCACCUCCCGGCCCAGCGAACCCGCGACCGACACCACUCCUCUUCUCAGGCGGCCGAGGUCUGGCAACUCUCAUCAAAACUACAACACCAACCGAGGCUAG